UUGCACCAAGAUGGCCGAGCUCCAGGAAGCGAUGAUCGACCGCUGCAUUGAGGACAUUUGGCACACGUUCGACCAAGACCAGAACGGGUACCUCGACCGCGACGAGACGCGCGCGUUCAUUGACGCCAUGGCCGAGGCCAUGAACGGCACAACACGCCUCGACUUUGACGCGUGCUUUGACGAGUACGAUCAGAACCGCGACGGCCGCCUCAGCCGCGACGAAAUGCGCGUCUUUGUCAAGCAGCUCAUGGGCCUGUAGACGCCACGCACUUGCGCCUUAUUGUCGUUCUUAUAGCUGUUGUAACUCAUAGCUACCGUGGCUUGUCCGGA